AUGUCGGACCAGUCUGACGAAGAUCUCUCGUGUAAUGAUAAUGACUCUUCUUUAGAUUCAGAAGAUGACAAUGAAUCGGAUGAUGGAGAUUACGACUCACUAGAUGAGGAUUUAUCCAAUACUUUUUUACGACCCAAGAUAUAUGAAGUAGAAUUUACAGUUCACUCUCCUCAAGAUAUUAUCAAGAGGCAAGAAGUUGAGAACAUAGAUCCAAGACAUUUACUCAAGUGCCCUGCUCCUGACUGUGAAUAUAUAAUUGAAUGCGAUGUGCCAGAGAUCUCACUUACAACUAUUGCACCAAUAGUUGAAUGUAAAUGUUCUAAUCGAUUUUGCUUCCGUUGCACUUUACCUGACCAUCAACCAACAACAUGUAUUCUCGUUCAAAAAUGGGCUGAAAAAUGUGAAAAUGAUUCUGAAACCAAUAAUUGGAUUUCUGCAUUCACUAAAAAGUGUGGAAGUUGUAAUUCCUAUAUUGAAAAAAAUGGUGGAGGCAACCCUAUAACUUGUACUAAAUGCAAUUAUAAAUUUUGCUGGAUCUGCAUGAAACCUUUGCUAAAUAACACUGCUGAACACAAUUGCAACCUUUUUGAUGAAAAUUUUAAGAAUGCAGAAGAUCAGCGUGCCAAAUCUCGCGCGUCCUUGGGGAAAUAUCUUAACUAUUAUCAUAGGUACAACAACCAUGAAAAAUUUUUGGAACUUAAACAUGAACUUUAUAGCAAGACUGAAGUUCAAUUUCUUACAAACGCAGUUAAUGCUCUUGUUAAAUGUCAUAUGACUCUUAAGUGGACAUAUAUAUUUGCGUUUUAUCUUGAUCGUAACAAUGAUACGGAACUCUUUGAAUUUAAUCAAAGUGAUAUCGAGAAUGCCGCCGAAACGCUUUAUGAAUUAUUAAAAAAAUCUAUCAUAACAGACAAACUUGACGACAUUAAGGAAGCAAUCAUAAGUAAAACUAAAUACGUUGAGAAUCGUAGAAAAAUAAUAUUGGAAGAUACUGCCAAAGGAUUACUUGAAAAUCGUUGGAGGUUCCAAAUCUAA